CUAAAUGUUUACAUUAUUCUAUGGUUUGGAGUGAUAGUUUUUUGGUUGCUUAGUUUCACGAAAAUGUCUUUACCGAAUAUGCAGAACAAUUUCGCUGGGCAAAAUAUAAUAGUGACUCAGGUUCAAGCUCCUCAUACUAUAAUAACCCAAAAUAAUGGAAUUGUCACGAAUUCUAUCGCACAUGAAAGCCAAAUAACUCAAAUGCAGCAUAAUAAUAUGGUUGAUAAUCAACAAUUAUCAGGUCUACCUACAAAUCUUGUACAAUCAGUUCAGCAACCUGUUCAAAUACAAAAUCCAACACCAACGAAACAACCAGUCCAGAAUUCUACAUCCGCUAAUAUUAAUGAACCGGUACUCGUAGUAACUAAGCAGCGGCUGCAGGAUCUUGUUAGAGAAAUUGACCAAACUUUGAAUUUAGAGGAAGAAGUUGAGGAGAUAUUGUUGACUUAUGUGGACGAAUUUGUUGAUAGAUGCCUUAAUGGGGCUGCUUCAAUUGCCAAGCAUCGGCGUGUUAACAACAUUGAGGUGAAGGAUGUUCAGCAAUAUUUAACUCGCAAUUACAACAUGUGGACGCCUGGAUUUGGUACUGAUGAAUUGCGACCAUAUAAACGAAGCCUAACGACGGAGGCCCAUAAGCAGAGAACGGCACUGAUUAGAAAAUCAUUAAAGAAAUAUUAGGUCCCUGUAAAUAUUUUAUUGGUAUUCUAGGAGGG